CACAUUGUGAUAUCUGUGGUAGGCUAUAUUAUAUAGUGCAGGACUAUAUCUAUUCUUACAGUGUAUGUAAUAUGUUGGCAAUGGAUAUCGUAUGAAUAAAUCCUAUUGGCCAAGGGAUGACGCUCCCCCCUCCUUGUCCUACCACCACCUCUAAAUACCUCAGUCAUGAACCGUAACCUCGAUACUCCGGUCCAGUGUGUUAUUCCCACGGCCGUUAUUAUAUACUAAAAGUAGUUUCAUUCACCCAGUUCCCGUUGAGUAGUACAAGAUAGUACAAAGUGGCGACGAGACAAUCGGAGUGUUUAGUGGUCAGUUCGGCAGUUAAUGUUACAAUUGCGAUCUGCACCGUGUAAGCGUCGGUCGGGUUAGCGACCGCAUGCAUCUCAAUGGCGUCAGUAAACAAAGUGAGUGCUUCAGCCUAGGAGGAAGGGAAGUGAAUGUACGAAUUCGAUAUUAGUUCGUUAUUCAGUGACAUUGCACCAAGAAAAAUGACGGGAAUUAUUGGUAGCGUGAGUGAGUUCGACUCUAAUGAAGAAACGUGGGACUCGUACAUAGAGAGGUUUGAACUAUUUUUAAGUUGUAAUGAUAUCGAUCAUUCUAAGAAAGUGAGUACCUUGCUGACAGUGGUAGGAGUAAAAACGUUCAAGCUAUUACGGGAUUUGUGUACACCCGAUAAGCCUUCUACAAAAUCGUACGAUGAUUUAGUGAAGCUAAUUAAGGACCAUUUAUAUCCGACUCCAUCUUUUGUAUGUGAAAGAUAUAAGUUCAGUUUACGUAACCAACAUGACGGUGAAAGUAUAGAUCAGUACAUUGCUCAAUUAAAAAACUUAUCUAAAUACUGUGAGUUCGGUGCUAGUCUAAAUGACUAUUUGAGAGAUCGUCUUAUUUGUGGAAUCCGUUCAGAAUCUACUAAACAAAGACUUUUGUCAGAAGCUAAUUUGACCUUCGACAAGGCUGUUCAACUGACAUCGCAGAUUGAGAUGGCAGAGAAAAGCGCGGCAACGUUGGCGUCAGGCAGCCAUGACACGCCAGCCGUCUCCGUUCGCAGCGUCCAUCGGCUAGCAACGUCAUCGGCUAGGCGUCACUACAACGGACGUGAGUCAGCGCCGAGCGGGAGAGACAACGCUUCGCGCCACCACACCAACGCUUCGCGUCACCACGCCACGCCGAGUACCACACACGCACAUCAGUCCAGCAGCACUAUUGUAGUGAAGUGUAACUGUUGUGGCGCCGUAGGUCACUUCAGUAAGCAGUGUAAAUAUUACGGUUGUGUUUGCCAUAAAUGCGGCAAAACAAAUCAUUUAAAGAAGGUAUGCCGAUCUCAGGCUAGGGUGACAGAUCAAACAGCUGAGGUAAUAACAGCUGAGAGCCAGCAGACAGCGCGCUCUGACUGUGCAGACGACAAUCCAGUAGGCAGUAACCGCACAGCUGAUGCGCCGCGGCAUUCUAUUUCUGUCCGCCCCAGUACAGCUAUGUCACCCAACGCUUCUCAUACUCACACUACCUACACCAGUCCUAUUACUCAGCGUUCACCACUUGCUCGUUCCACUCCUGUUCGCAGAUCAAAGCGGUCGCAGAGGAGAUAUUUUGGACACAGACGAUAUAGAUGACCAGGUAGUGUUCAACAUUGAUAACUCCGGGCGUGGAUCUGGGCGGUGUGGGUGAACUGGACUGUGAGAUGAUCUUGCGGGAGUGACGUCAGGAAUACAACCCGCAGCGUCCGACAAGGUCAGUCCCUACCGUGCAUCAGUCGGACUGCUACUAGGAUGAUUGAAGAAUCGGAUCAACACCAUAACACUUAUCAUGAGAAACUCCACUGUACAUAACAGUGUGCCCAAUGUAUAUUGUAGUAAUGAUUAAAUAAAUAUUUCAAGAUGCUUACGA